ACGCUUAUCGGCCCAAUGCUGGUCACAUUCCCUCCUCCUUACCCCGUCCGUGCCCGUCGUCCCCCGUCAACGCUCGUGUAGGCGUUGUCGACUAGAGGUGCGCAUCAUUAAUUUGUCUUGAGUUUUCCAGUGUCGCGUUGCUACGUGUCGCUCUGUACAGUGGUUGUUGACGAUGCUUGCAGCCUGAUAUCGGGUUGGCCUUCUUCUAUCAGUACAAACAUUGGUUCUUGUCCGGUUCAAUCACCAUCGUUCCCACCAUGGACUUCCGUUCGCUAUUUCUCUCUACUCUCCUCGUCCUUCGAACCUAUGCUCUUCCGACCGAGGUCCUGCCAGAAGAAAAAGCCUUAAUCACUCCUGCUCCAACACCUACGCUCGCAGUCUAUGGAGAGUAUGCAGGGAUAAGACGGGGGAUUUUGAGUGAUAUUACUGCCGACUUGGACUCCUAUGUCAAUAGCAUAUUCAGCGACCUUGGAUCUGCCAUACCCUCAUAUGUGUCCAAUGGCCUGUUCCCCAAUUUCCAAAACUUGCCGACCGGCAGUGCUGUUGCAAGUUCGGUUGGCGCAAAGAGUACCGACCUCGCUGCUUCUCCGACACAAGUCCUGAAUAUACCUGGCUACGGAAAUUGGACAAACAAUGGCUGGAAUUUGCGAAUUCACGGCAAUGUCUACAAAGAGCCUACAAUAUCCAACGCCACGGUGGACAAGCUAGCAAACUUCUAUUUGAUUGAUACCAGUGUUGCAGAUCUUCAGCCCUCAGAACAAGACCAGGCUCGAAAUCUCACCCGAGAGAUCUAUGUUGUCCAGCAAGGCAAUCAAUCAGUCACCAUGGAUGUCCUGCCGGGUCCUGAGUUUGGCUCAAGUGGUCAGCCUGGAGGCGGUGGCGGGGUCACGCCAGCCGGGGGUGAGCAGACCCUCACACUGCCAUAUCCGACUACUCCGGAAGGAGAUUUCGACGUCUUUAUGCCUGUCUCGAACACAUCUUUGGCACUGACACCAGGUACGGGCAACGUGCAACCUCAAAGACUCAACGUGUACGCCCAAGGUACCAUGUCAGGCAAUGCCACCUCCUACCUAGUCUCCGACGAAGGUUUUACCAUAAUCAGUGACAUCGACGAUAUCCUCCGUGUGACCAAGAUUUAUGAACCGAAACAAGGCCUGCUCAACAGUUUCGCCCGGCCUUUCACCCCCUGGAUGAAUAUGCCGGAGAUCUAUACCAACUGGUCCAACAGCAUCCCUAAUGUGCAUUUCCACUACCUCACGACCACUCCCGAACAGAUCACACGCAACUAUAUGCAGUUCAUUUACGACACUUAUCCUGGUGGAAGUUUCGACACACGCCCAUUGAACUUCAGUGACGUCUCAGCAACGCUAUCAAUCCGCAAGUUUCUUCUUGUCAAGAUUUUCGAGACCUUCCCAAACCGCAAGUUCAUCUUGGUGGCAGACACCAGCAAUUCGGACGUCAUGCGGGACUAUCCAGAAAUGGCGAAGGAGUUCGGACAGGUCCAGUGCAUAUUCCUGCGCAACACGUCGGCCACCGAUUCCGGCGACAAAUUUCCCUACGAUACUGCGGGCUUCAAGGGUCUCAACCAGUCAUCCUACAUGUUCUUUAAGGUCCCUGACGACUUGAAGGGUCUCGAUAUUGCGAAUGGACAGUGCUACAACUCCUCAAUUCCGCAGAAUUUGACAUUCGGAUACCAAGGCUUACCUUUCGGCGUCAAUCUCGGAGAUGGAAGUUCCAAUAGCAGCUCCAAUAGUAGUUCUAGCGGAAGCGGGCAAGCACGAUCAGGAGAUGCUCUGUCAAGAAUGGGAACCAUGAUCAUGCUUGUUGCUGGAGUCUUAGCAUUCAACAUCGUAUGAGCGGACCGCGUUCUGCACGAAAUCAUCAUUAUGGCAUAGCAGCAACAAGGCCAGGGCGGCGUGUUGAGAAUGACGAUUCUGCUCGAUAGGUCAACCUAACAAUUCUCCAGACGACUUCUCUCCUUGAUCAUCGGAGGUUCCCCUUCGGCGACAUUGGUCUAGGUCGGGUGCGGUAAUGUCCGGUUAUAGGUGAUCGAAAUGAUAAACCUUUUGUCAACCGCUGGCUUCUGCUCAUGUCGGAUUGUUGUCGACCAAGCCCGUACGAGCAAUGGUUGCAUGGGCUGACCUAGUUCUGAGGGCAGUGCAAGGACAGAGGAGGCUGAACUCGUGCACUAUGGGCAGAUUAUAAGGGGAGAAGAAACCCCUCGAUUCCACUCUUAUUUGAUGCCAAGUUAGUAACAGGCUAAAAAUAGGUGUUCUUGGCGUCCAGCAUUCAGCUUGGCUGAUAGAACGAACAACAUACCACGUAUCCAGCUGCAAGACUGCCA